AUGAGUCGACUCCCCGACGGUCUAAUUGCCUUCGGGCCCAAGGCCAACUGCACACUCGAGCUCUGCCCGAUAGAAUGGAGCGUUCUUCGCUACCAGCCCUCCAUUCCCGCCAGCGGCAUCUUCAUCGCACUCUUCGCCUUGGGAUUGAUUAUUCAUGCGAUCCAAGGCGUCAGGUGGAGGACGUGGGGGUUCAUGGCCAGCAUGAUUGCGGGCUGCGUCUUGGAAAUCGUCGGUUACGUGGGACGACUCUUCAUCCACGACAACCCGUUCGACUUUGAAGGGUUCCUCAUGCAGAUCAUCUGUAUCACGAUAGCCCCGGUCUUCUUCUCGGCCGCUAUCUACUUCCUUCUCUCUCAAACGAUUAACUUUCUCGACCGAUCGAUAUCACGCUUCUCUCCUCGCAUGUACUACUGGACCUUCAUUCCGUUGGACGUGGUCUCCCUCGUUCUGCAGGCCGUCGGUGGCGCGUUGUCGUCGGUCAGCACAACCAUCGAGGCCGUGGACCGGGGCGUCAACAUCUCACUCGCCGGGCUGGUGUUGCAGGUCGCCUCGAUGCUGGUUUUCUGCUCCCUGUUUGCAGACUACAUCGUCACGUACACCCGCUCAAAAUCUCGCCCCCCCAUGGGACCGAGGCUCAAGGUGUUUUUGCUCUUUCUCGGCCUUGGUACUCUCUUUGUUCUUCUUCGAUGUGUCUACCGCAUCGUAGAGUUGCACGAGGGUUACUUCAGUCACUGGUUCCGAGACCAACCCCUGUUCAUUGCAUUGGAAUCGGCUGUCAUGGUCUUGGCCGUAUUCAGUCUCAGUAUUGGCCACCCUGGCCUCGCUUUUGACCGGAGAAAGGGCAGAAAUCUAGGUGCGACCAAUUUUCAAGGCGCCUCUCGUAGUGAAAUGACGGACAGCGUUCAGAUGGAGAGUGCGAACAAAGGAGAAAGGCACAGGAGCUAG